GCUCGAUAUAUAUCGAGAUGCAGACAGAGCACAUAGAGGACAGAAGCCAAGGCGAGCGAGCGAGCAGCAGCAAGGAAGGGAGGGAGGUGAAGAUGGCGGCGAUCAAGCUGUACGGGAUGAUGCUGUCGCCCAACGUGACGCGUGUGGUGACGGUGCUCAACGAGCUGGGCCUCGACUUCGACUCCGUCGACGUCGACCUCCGCACCGGCGCCCACAAGCACCCCGACUUCCUCAAGCUCAAUCCUUUCGGCCAGAUCCCGGCGCUGCAGGACGGGGACGAAGUUGUCUUCGAAUCCCGCGCCAUCAACCGGUACAUCGCCACCAAGUACGGCUCCUCCGGCCCUAACCUGCUGCCAACGCCGUCGGCGAAGAUGGAGGCGUGGCUGGAGGUGGAGUCGCCCCACUUCUUCCCGUUGGCACAGACCGUGGUGUACGAGCUGCUCAUCAAGCCGCUGUUCGGCGCCACGCCUGACACGGCCGAGGCGGACAAGAAGGCCGCCGAGCUCGACAAGCUGCUCGACGUCUACGAGGCCCACCUCGCCGCCGGGAACAAGUACCUGGCCGGCGACGUGUUCACGCUCGCCGACGGCAACCACAUGUCCUGGCUUUUCUUGCUCACCAAGAGCCCCAAGGCGGAGCUGGUUGCGUCACGGCCGCACGUCAAGGCCUGGUGGGAGGAGAUCUCCGCCCGCCCUGCCUGGGCCAAGACCGUCGCCUCCAUCCCCCUCCCGCCCGCCGUCUGAGGUUGCCGACGCCGGUUUGCUUGUUUGUUUCGCUACGGAGAGAAUGGAAUAAAAUUGUGAUGCUUAGUAAUUACUGUGGAAUAAACAGCCGGUUAAUCCAUGCCAGUGAAUCUAAGGUGGUGUUGCUGCU